AUGCAGCAUCAGACACAGGCUUCCACCAUCCUGCCAUCUCAAAGACACUCAUACCAGACGCAGCAAGCACCUCAGGCAAACCACACGGGCCUCAACUGUCCCCAGUCCUAUGUUGAACGCCUAUGCUUCCACUCCGCCGACGCAGAUGCUUUCGGAACCGGAUCGAAUGCUCCAUGGACUAUUCCGUUUCCAAAUUUCUCUGCAGAUAUCGCAUCUACUUUGAUAAACAUGGCUCCCAAACCCAAGGCGACUGACGCUGGAUCGUCUACUAGUCCUUUUAACAAGCGCAACGCUGCCGCCGCUGGGAUCGGUCGCGCAGCAGAAUCAGAGAGCAACGGCAUCUGUUUCGGCUAUUAUGGUCGCACUGACGACAGAAAAGUCGCAUGUGGCGAGGAUCUCAGGUAA